UAUUUUAGCGCAAUCUGAGGUUGCGAAACUAAAUAUGGUAUAGUUCCUGUCGGAUUUAAUUAUUUGCCAUAAAUGUAUUCUUUUAUUAUGACUUUUGUGAGCGAUUUACAGAUAUCUAUUUUCGCCUUUCAAGUACUGUAAAUUAGACAGGACUUGGUAUUGUAUGACUGAAAUGAUUUUGCAAAUAUGGCUGCCGAGUGCGGUGACUUUCCUUAAGGCGACUUUGCUAUUACGUAACGCCAUUAAUCUUUGGUUGUGAAAUCAACAUGUUUCCCAUGCAAUCUGAAAACACAAGGGCCCACCUUGAAAUAAUCUAAACGCUAUAAUGUUGCUUUAUUCGCUCGUUGCAUUAAUGACAGUGUGUUUUAGUCAAGGUUACACCAUCAGAAGCUCGGUCUCGUGGGCUGUCACGAAUGAUGUGGUGGAUGAAGAGCUGGACCCGCACUCAGACGAAACGCCCGCUGUGCUCGUCGAUAAUAUCGGGAUCUGGAAACAAGCCUACCCGUCCUCUGUGUACCGGGACGGUCCAGACAAAAAAACUGAACAGAGGUCAAAAAGCGAGGACUUGUCAUCUGCAUCUCGUGUGUUUUCAUAUCGAAUAGCGGAGUUGAAAGUGCCGUCCAGUAUCCCUACCCCUCCGCCUCAUGAGGAGACGGCGAGGAUGGCCCGAUAUAUGGCACACUACAGCGACUGGGGUUACCUAGCAACCAUCUCCACGCAGGAUAAGAUCAAAGGAUUUCCAUUUGGAAACAUCUUCUCGGUCAGUGACGGUCCACUGGACAAUAGCACUGGAGUGCCUUAUUUUUACGUCACACCUAUGGACAACACGGUAACGGAUCUUCAGAGCUUCCCAUUUGCCUCCUUAACCUUUUCUCAAGCAGAAGGAGAUUUUUGCAGGAAGCAAGUUUAUGACCCUGAGGAUCCAAGGUGUGCUAGACUUACUUUGACUGGUAAAAUGGUGGAGGUGGAGCCAGAGGAGCUUGACUUUGCCAGAGAAGCUAUGUUUUCCAGGCAUCCUGUUAUGAAGAAGUGGCCCCCAGAACAUAAGUGGUUUUUCAUGAAGCUGGUUCUGGAGCAAGUUUGGUUGCAGGACUGGGUUGGAGGAGUCUCACUCAUUUCACUUGAAGAGUAUUUCAAAGCAACACCUUUCUGAGAAGGAAAAACAAUAACCAGAUUAUAGAAUGAAAACAGUAUAAAAAUAUUUAAACUGAUACGACUAUGGAAAUAAGAAAGUGCUUUUGACUAAAUGUUUUGCCUUGGCCAAGAUGUUCCAUGCCCCUGAAUUUUGCUGCUUACAUAUUCUUAAGGAGUUGUUAUAUGUAUAAAGGUUGGAAUUUUAGUUCAUGUAGUUUUGUGUUUACAUAUUUGUACAUAAACAUUCAAAUAACUCAUAUUAAAUCAUUCUACUAUAACCACUUCAGAAAAUUUAAACAACGCUGGCUCAGAUGAACUUCCUGUUUUGUUUUUUAAAACUGCACAAACAUUUGAAUGGAAUACAACAGAACAUUUGUAACCCAAUUAAAAUGUUAAAUGAAUGUCUUUUAAGAUGUAAUUAAUUAUAUAUGUACGAUUUUUAAAAAAUAAAUGAAAACAUGAAACUGAAGUGCUGUUGGACCUUGCAAAGUGGUCUAAAGGGCUGUAUAUUUUUAUACACAAUAAAAGUAUAUAAAAGUGUUUAUAUUAAAUAGAGAUUAAAUUAGGAUAUCUCCUCUGAAACUCAGUUUACAUUUAAAGUCUGACAUUUCAGUUAUGGAAUACAUACUUACAUUUCAGUUAAGUUUUAGGUCCAUAACUUUGUCUGGAGGACAGUUGUUAACAAGAACAAAAAUCAUCCUAAUGAAAACUUAAAUAAUAGUUUGUGCCUUGAAUUUUCACAAUGAUGCAUAUGCUGCACAACUGAAAUAAAGUAUUACGUGUACAUAUUAUG